AUGUCCCUAAGCCGUACAACUCUACUAGAACUAUGCAGUUAUGUCCAAGAGAAAUGUGCCACAGUUCUUGGGAAUAAGUUUUGGAACUGCCGCUGUGUAAUUCCAGCUGAUUGCGGGUAUAAACCAGAUAAAUUGGAAUCUCGUAUAUUCGCCUUAUCUAAAUUUCGUUUUUUUAUUCUUAGCGGCAAAUCACCUCAAUCACUGAAGAUUGAACGUUCUUUUCACAUACUUUAUAUCCGCUCUGUUCAAGUAAAUGGCGAAAAAGAGGUUAUUGUUCAUUCGGAAGUGCCUUCGAAGGAGUUAGCGAUGCAUUUACUGAAGGCAUUAAAGCAUUACUUCCCUGAUUUGAACAAGUCACUCAAGUCGAUGAUGGAAAUCACUCCUUGUGAUUAUUAUGAAAGAUUUGAAAGUCUUCCAGUUUCCGUUCCGCUGUUGCCUUGCCGCAGUUUUAGAAGGUCGUAUGCUGCUUUAUGUGAUUAUUUUGACCAACCUUUUAGGGAGGAAGUUGUUUGGGAUAUCGAGAAAAUUUAUGCAAACCAUCACUUGCGGGUUCUUAGGCUUGAGGACUUCACCCACUUAUUGUCCAGAGAUUUGGUGCCGAUUGUAGCUGUGUGUCAGUCUUCUGAUUAUUUUACUGGAGUUUCCGUUGAUGGAACGAAAUUGACCCCUGAUUUAGUUGAAGUUAUUGUAAAUGUGAUUAAGCGAUCUAGAGUAUUGAAGACACUCAUCUUGCGUAACUGUUCGUUGCCCAGGUAUACUUUUAGUUUUUUGGCUCUAAAUGCAUUGCUAUCGAAGUUGUCUCAUUUACGGUCUGUGACGUUGUCAGAAUGUGGCAUAACUGAAAAAACAGUAAAUGUUAUUGCUGCGGGACUUAUGCAGGGUAUUAAACCAAAUGAUGGCCUGAAAGAAGUGCAAAUUAGCUGUCUUGAUUUAUCGGGAAAUACAAUCAGAGAUGAUGUCAAUGAUUUUUUACAAUUUUUGUCGUUAUGUGAAAGCUUACGGUCGUUAAAUCUUUCCGACACCGGUUUCAACAUCGACAAGUUAUGGGGUACACUGCGCUUUGGUGGUUUACAACUAGAAACUUUAAAAUUAGCAGGUUGCCAAUGUAACCGUCGCAAUAAGGAAGGUAUGCAAAAUAUGAAGGAGUAUUUUGCUAGCGCUGUAGGUCUAAAAUAUAUUGAUUUUUCCAACACUGUUCUGGGGGCUGAAAUGCUGAAGCACCUCCUCACCGGUCUAGCUACAAACCAACAAUUGAAACCAUUCAGGCUUGUUCUUGAUGCAAUGAAUGAGAAAGGUUUUCUGCAAACUUUGGAGGCAGGCUUGAGUGAUAUAGAUGCAAGCGGUAUUUCUUUACGAGAUGACGGGCUUGAAGCAAAUGCUUUGGGAAUAUUAAAUUCAUGUUCUCUUAUGCCUCAUUUAGUACACCUCGACCUCAGUGGUGCCAACUUUACGAGUUUAAAAAGAAGCACGAAACAUCAGGGAACUUUGACAAGCAUUGUGUUAGCGCUCGUGAAAUUAUUUGGAGAUGAGAACUCAAGGCUGAAUGAUCUCAUUCUUUCCGAUUGUCGUUUGGGUACUCACCUUAGUGUUUUGUUGAACACUCUUGGGGUUUCUUCCUCACUUCAAUAUCUCGAUAUAUCCGGUAACGAAAUGGGGAACUUUGGGGCAAGGUUACUGGCUAAAGCUUUACAGGUCAAUCUUUCCCUAAGGACUUUAGUAGUUGAUCGUAACCAAGUAACUGGUGACGGAUACGCUGAUAUAGCCUUGUCGUUUUGCAGAAAUACUACUCUAACAGCAUUUCCAUAUCCCAUAAACGAUGCGUCUGAAUCUCUAAGUCGAGCAGACCGUGGAAGAACUCUCAGCGCUCUGGCAGAAGUAUUUUUUCAACCAACUUUUUCUAACAAGACUGGGAGUUCUGUUAAAAAUACCUUAAAAUUGUUCGGUCAUGUCGACAGUCCUUGGAAAGUAAUGGAACUAAGUUCCAAGUUUGCGGAUAUUGUCGAUAGUCUUCCAACUAUAGGGGAUUCUACUGAACCACUCGACUCUCAAGUGGAGCAAGUGCUUAAUGAGCUGGAGGGGAAGGCUAUUACAGAUGCAAAGGUAAAUCUUUCGUGA